CUAGAAAUGACGCGCAUGUGUUGUGCCAUGUCUCGACACCAGGUGCUAGUUUUGGCAGAACGUGCAGGGAUUCACCUUGGCACGCCGUCCAAGAUUGCGCGAAAUUUGACCGCGGCUGGACUAUCGUGCCCUAGGAAUUCACCGGCUCCAAGGUCCUUACGGGACGGGCGACUAUGGCCGGGAAAGAAACAGCUCGACCCUACUUUACGAUGUCGGGCGGCAGCUGCAACGUCGGGGACGGUACGACCAGUGCAGCCUCUGAUCUGGAGAAUAGCAGGAAGUCACCGCCUCCACGGUCCGUACGGGACGAGGCUACUGUGGCCUGGAAAGAAACACCUCGAGCCUACUUUACGAUGUCGAGCGGCCACUACAGCUUGGCCCAGGGUACAAGCUGUGCACCCUCUGAUCUGGACGAACCCAGAGUUCCCGAAGAAACCAGAGAAGCAGCGUGGCAUCAGCGAGUGAACCAGGCUGCCAACAGAAUCCAAGAGUGCCGUGUUUGCUGGUUCGCUUUCACCGACACGGAUGCCUUCGAAAAGCACACCGCUGACCACGUGCUCGGGAAAACCUACAACUGCUCCGAUUGUGGUAAACUGUUUAAGAGGCCUUCGCACCUCACGAGGCACUUACGUACGCACGGUGAAUCGUCCUUUCCGUGCAGCGUGUGUGGCAAAAAAUUUCAUACCGUAGAUGGCCGAAGGAACCACAUGUAUGCGUACCACGUCGUUUCACAGUACUGAGAAGCCGUCGAAGGGUCUCCUUCACACGGCACCACAAACCACGAAAUUGGCGGAGCACGUUGGGAAGCACCGUCGCACCUUAUGGUGGCAUCGGCAUUGGUGUAGCCGGAUAUUCACCCGGGUGGAGUGCCAUCUGUGGAUGUCACCCUGGCGCCAAGAGAUGUUGAGUGCAGCCACAGAGGAACUUGCGGUCUGGGCCUGAACUGUUCUAGCUGUGCACUAACUUCUUGAUAAACACUGGGCUAUUCUUAUCUCUCCUGACAACGGCCGAAGAAUGCCACGAAUAAAUUUCUUACAAUGGUUAUCUCGAGGAAUACUGUGUGCCAGCUGUGUGAUUUUCUUUGAAGAACGCCUCCGUUCUUUGCAGUCCUUUAGCCACGGUUAAAAUAAAUUUACAUUCCUCCUGGAUUGAGCAAAA